AUGCUGGUGAACAUCGCCCUGCUGAUGAUGGAGUUCGAGUGGCUGAUGUGGCCCGGCGAUGCGUUAGCAGUCAGGCAGUCUGGGCCAAAGCACAGACAGAGGUUUCUCUGUGAGCUGAGAGUGCACAAUUACACCUACACAGCAGUUGGCAAUUCUACAAGCAAGAAAGAUGCCCAGACAAAUGCAGCAAAGGAUUUUAUCCAGUAUCUGGUCAGAACUGGUGAAGUUAAUCCCACUGAGGUUCCAUCAGAGAAGGUGGCAGGAGCGCCGGCGCCGGCGGCGACCUCGCAGCACGGGUUCGCCGCCACCCCGCUGCAGCCGGUGCCGCAGCUGCACGAGCCAGGCAAUGUGUACAAGCCCAUCAAUUCAGCCCCAAACUCAACAUAUUUGGACAAGAUUGUGGCCAUGAACAAGAAAGAGGUUGAAGGGCAAGAGGAUGUGGACAUCAAUGCCAGCAUCCAUGGCAACUGGAGCAUGGAGAAUGCCAAGUCAAAGCUGCACCAGUUCCUGCAGACCAGCCGCGUCCAGGCCGACUAUACGUACUCGCACGUAGGGCCCGACCACAACAAAAGCUUUGUGGCCGAGAUGGGCUUUUAUGUGCGUGAGCUGAGCAGAAAUAUCCACGCCAGGGAGCAGGGCUCCAACAAACAGGCGGCGUCCAAGGCGUGCGCUCUGUCGCUGGUCCGCCAGCUGUUCCACCUGGGCGUGAUCGAGGCGUUCUCGGGCACGCUGAAGAAGGAGCGCUCGGACGAGAUGCCGGCCUACCCAGUGGCACUGGCGCCCGAGCUGCAGAGCCAAGUGGACGCGGUGCUGGAGAAGCUGGAGCUGAAGCUGCCGGAACUCAAGCCGUCCGUCGACGAGCCGGUGUCACUGGUGAGCGACACGCGGCUGGCCGACUUCCAGGCGGCCGCCCAGCCGCAGCCGGCCGGCGUCGUCUCCUGGUCGCCGCCGCAGACCAACUGGAACCCGUGGACCUCGUGCAACAUCGACGAGGGUCCCCUGGCCACGGCAACGCUGGAUGCUAUCUCGGAGGACCUGUGCACCAGCUACCAGGACCAGCUGAAGGAGGACGCAGCUCUGCAGCACAUGGUGGAGCAGCGGCGCCAGUUGCCGGUGGCCGACUGCCGCGACCACAUCCUGCAGACCAUCUGCGACAACCCGGUGGUGUUGAUCCGCGGCAGCACCGGCUGCGGCAAGACCACCCAGGUGUGCCAGUACAUCCUGGACGAGCACAUCCAGUCGGGCCAGGGCGGCCACUGCAACAUCGUGGUGACGCAGCCGCGCCGCAUCUCGGCCGUCUCGGUGGCGGACCGCAUCAGCCAGGAGCGUAGCCAGCCGCUGGGCCAUGCCGUCGGCUACAGCGUACGCUUCGAGUCGGUGCUGCCGCGGCCGUACGGCGCCAUCCUCUUCUGCACCGUCGGGGUGCUGCUGCGCAAGCUGGAGGCCGGUCUGCGCGGCAUCUCGCACGUGAUCGUGGACGAGAUCCACGAGCGCGACAUCAACUCCGACUUCAUCCUGGUGGUGCUGCGAGACAUGGUGCGCCAGUACCCCGACCUGCGGCUCAUCCUGAUGUCGGCCACCAUCGACACCAGCCUCUUCAUCGACUUCUUCGGCGGCUGCCCGGUGGUGGAGGUGCCCGGCCGCGCCCACCCCGUCCAGCAGUACUUCCUGGAGGACUGCGUGCAGCUGUGCCAGUUUGUGCCGACGCCCGACAAUAGGAAGCGGAAGCGAGACCGUGACGAUGACGACGACGAGGCCGGCGGCGGCGACGACGACGCCAACGCCAACCUGAACAAGGUGGUGGACGCGAGCCGGUACGACGCGGCCACGCGGCAGACCAUGACGCAGCUGCUGGAGCGCGACACCAACUUUGAACUGAUCGAGGCCCUGCUGCGCUACUGCAAGGGCACUGGAACGACCGGCGCCGUGCUCAUCUUCCUGCCGGGCUGGAGCCUGAUCUUCGCGCUGAUGCGCCACCUCCAGCAGAGCUCGACCUUCGGUGGUCCCGGGUACCUGGUGCUGCCGCUGCACUCCCAGCUGCCGCGGGAGGACCAGCGGCGCGUGUUCGACGCCGUGCCGGAGAACGUCACCAAGAUCAUUCUGUCCACCAACAUCGCGGAGACGUCCAUCACCAUCAACGACGUGGUGUUCGUCAUUGACUCGUGCAAGGCCAAGAUGAAGAUGUUCACGACGCACAACAACAUGACCAACUACGCCACCGUUUGGGCGUCGCGCACGAACCUGGAGCAGCGGCGCGGCCGGGCCGGCCGCGUCGGGCCCGGCUUCUGCUUCCACCUGUGCAGCCGCGCCCGCUUCGAGCGCCUGGAGGAGCACAUGACGCCGGAGAUGUUCCGCACUCCGCUGCACGAGGUGGCGCUGACCAUCAAGCUGCUGCGGCUGGGGGGCGUCGGCGACUUCCUCUCCAAGGCCGUGCAGCCGCCGCCCAUCGACGCCGUGAUCGAGGCCGAGUGUCUGCUGCGCGAGAUGCGCUGCCUGGACGCCAGCAACGAGCUGACGCCGCUGGGCCGGCUGCUGGCGCGGCUGCCGGUCGAGCCCCGCCUGGGCCGCAUGCUGGUGCUGGCCUGCUGCUUCGGGCUCGGCGACGCCGCCUGCACCAUCGCCGGCCAGGCGGACGGCCAGGACGUGUUCCAGUCAGGCCCCGACCAGCGCCGCGGCAACUACCACCAGCGCCGCUUCGCUGGCAACCGCUGCUCCGACCACCUGGCCGCGCUCAACGCCUUCCAGGCGUGGGAAGAGGCGCGCCAGGCGGGCGAGCAGGCCGAGAUCCAGUUCUGCGACUCCAAGCUGCUCUCCAUGCCGGCGCUGCGCGUCCUGUGGGAGGCUAAGAACCAGCUGAAACAGCUGCUGGUGUCGGCUGGCUUCCCGGAGGAGAGCAUGCUGUCGCAGACACUCAACUGCUGGGGGCCUGACCCGGCGCUGGACGUGCUGGUGGGGCUGCUGGCCGCCGGCACCUACCCCAACGUCUGCUACCACAGGGAGCGGCGCAAGGUGCUGACCAUGGAGUCCAAGCUGGCGCUGGUGCACAAGGCGUCGGUGAACUACAGCAAAGUGGACAUCCAGUUCCCGUCGCCGUUCUUCGUGUUCGGCGAGAAGAUCCGCACGCGAGCCGUCAGCUGCAAGCAGAUGACCAUGGUGACGCCGCUGCACCUGCUGCUGUUCGCCGCGCGGCGCGUGGAGGUGCACGGAGAGGUGGUCAAGCUGGAUGGCUGGGUGAACCUGGGCAUGCCGGCGACGGUGGCGGCGCGCGUCGUCCUGCUGCGGCCGGCGCUGGAGCAGCUGCUGGUGCACGCCUGCGGCGACCCUGAGUCGGUGGCGCGGCCCAGCGACCAGGACGCCGCCACGAUCGCCUGCGUGCGCCAGCUGUGCCGCAUGAACGCUGCGCGCCACGGCCUUGAGCCGCUGGCGCCGCCCGUGGCCGGACCAGCCGCCAGUCGGCCGUUCCACGGACCGAGGCCGCGCCUCGACGGACCGCCGCCAGGUGGCCGCGGCGGCUCGUUCAACUCGAUGUUCGGCUCGUACGGCGGCGGGUACCGGCCGCGGCCGCGCGGCGCCAGCUUCAGACCUCAGCUUAAGGCCAUCUGGCUUCAAUUUGUGUAA